CGGGCCGCGGAGCGUGUGACGCCGCGGCUGCCGCGGAGCUGGGGAUUAAUGGGAAAAGUUUUGGCAGGAGCCGGAGGGUUCCGCGGAGCCUGCGGGACGGCGGCGGCGGCGCGGUAGGCGGCCGGGUCAGUCUUGUGUGGUGUUUUGGGCAUGCACGUGGUACUCACACAGUGGCUUCUGCUCACCGACAGAUGAAGAUAGAUGCACCAAAGAGGCUGAUUGGAACCACCCUGUAGAGGUCCCUCUGCGUCCAGACCCAGAUGAUGCCAGAGCUAUGACCGGGCCUGCAGGCGUGGCACCGAGGGGAGAUCAGCCAUGGAGCAGCCACAGGAGGAGGCCCCUGAGGUCCGGGAAGAGGAGGAGAAAGAGGAAGUGGCAGAGGCAGAAGGAGCCCCAGAGCUCAACGGGGGACCAGAGCAUACACUUCCUUCCAGCAGCUACACCGACCUCUCCCAGAGCUCCUCGCCACCCUCGCUGCUGGACCAGCUGCAGAUGGGCUGUGACGGGGCCUCGUGUGGCAGCCUCAACAUGGAGUGCCGGGUGUGCGGGGACAAGGCAUCAGGCUUCCACUAUGGUGUUCAUGCAUGUGAGGGGUGCAAGGGCUUCUUCCGGCGGACGAUCCGCAUGAAGCUGGAGUACGAAAAGUGUGAGCGGAGCUGCAAGAUCCAGAAGAAGAACCGGAACAAGUGCCAGUACUGCCGCUUCCAGAAAUGCCUGGCACUGGGCAUGUCACACAAUGCCAUCCGUUUUGGCCGGAUGCCGGAGGCUGAGAAGAGGAAGCUGGUGGCGGGGCUGACGGCAAGCGAGGGGAGCCAGCUCAACCCCCAGGUGGCUGACCUGAAGGCCUUCUCCAAGCACAUCUACAAUGCCUACCUGAAAAACUUCAACAUGACCAAAAAGAAGGCCCGCAGCAUCCUCACCGGCAAAGCCAGCCACACGGCGCCCUUUGUGAUCCACGACAUCGAGACAUUGUGGCAGGCAGAGAAGGGCCUUGUGUGGAAGCAGCUGGUGAACGGCCUGCCGCCCUACAAGGAGAUCAGCGUGCACGUCUUCUACCGCUGCCAGUGCACCACGGUGGAGACCGUGCGGGAGCUCACCGAGUUCGCCAAGAGCAUCCCCAGCUUCAGCAGCCUCUUCCUCAACGACCAGGUGACCCUUCUCAAGUACGGCGUGCACGAGGCCAUCUUUGCCAUGCUGGCCUCCAUCGUCAACAAGGAUGGGCUGCUGGUGGCCAAUGGCAGUGGCUUUGUCACUCGUGAGUUCCUGCGAAGCCUCCGCAAGCCCUUCAGUGACAUUAUUGAGCCCAAGUUCGAGUUUGCUGUCAAGUUCAAUGCCCUGGAACUGGACGACAGUGACCUGGCCCUGUUCAUCGCAGCCAUCAUUCUGUGCGGAGACCGGCCGGGCCUCAUGAACGUGCCACAGGUGGAGGCCAUCCAGGACACCAUCCUGCGAGCGCUCGAGUUCCACCUGCAGGCCAACCACCCCGACGCCCAGUACCUCUUCCCCAAGCUGCUGCAGAAGAUGGCGGACCUGCGGCAGCUGGUCACCGAGCACGCCCAGAUGAUGCAGCGCAUCAAGAAAACGGAGACGGAGACCUCGCUGCACCCGCUGCUCCAGGAGAUCUACAAGGACAUGUACUGAGGGGCGGCGCCCAGGCCGCCCUGCGGGCUCCCGCAGGGCAAGCGUGGGGGGGCCCAUGUGACUUUUCCGUUGACCAGCCCACGAGCACGCAGCCCGGCCUGGAGCAGCAGAACCACGGACUCGCACGCAGUCUCGCGUGGCCUCUGCUCCCUGUGCUCCUUCCUCGCCCGCCUCUGCCUGUCUUCCUGGUCUCUCUCUUCCUCAGUUCCUCUUUCUCGUCUAAUUUCCCUUGUUCUUUUUUUCCCUUUCUCUAUAGGUGUCCUUCUUCCUUCAUCCCUUGCCCUCCCCUUCUCUGUCCCCAGCCCUGUGUCUGUCCCUCUUUCUCAUCCUGUGAAACAGUUUGUAUUAUUUCACCAGCAGCAUAGAACGGGACCUCUGCUUCUGCACACCUUUCCCCAGGAGCAGAAGGGAGUGGGGCCGCCACCUGCCCUGUCACUGCACCUGCAGGCUUAGGGCCUCACUUCUGUCUCCUGUCUGCAGAGCAAGACUUGAGCCAUCCAAAGAAACACUAAACUCUCUGGGCCUGGCUUCCCCGGGAAGCCGAGCAUGGCCUGGACUGAUGGCAGCAGCCUAGUCAUGGGCCCCUGCCUUGGAGGACAGUGGGCAGGGGGCCUAGGCUGAGAGCCGACACCUCCCUCAGAUUGUCACUGUCCCUCUGAGGCUGCCCCCGCCCCCACCAGCCCUACUGUAGCAGCACCCCCAGCCCUGCUGACACCCAGCGUCCUUCCAUUCUUCACACUGGUUUUCCAGGCCAAUGGCGCUGAUGGCCCCUGCGCUGGCCGCUGCGGGGCAGCCCCCCGGCCUGGAAGGAGGCAGGGUUCCCUCCAGGUGGGGGACCCCGUGCCCCUGUUGAAGAGAAGCAAGUCUCAAGGAGGGAGGUGGAGGUUGGUGGUUGGAGGAAGCAGCAGACUCAAAUCUGCCCCCAGGACUGGGAUUGUGAGACCUGGGGUGACAGGCCAGGGAGAGCUUGGGGCAGGCCCUCCACGUGACCCUCUUCUCUAGCCAGCUCAGCUGAAGGCCUCACACACUCCCUGGAGCUGCGCCUCCAGACUCCAGCCCACCCGCAAGCACUGAAAUCACUUUACCUGCAGGUUCUGCGCCCCUCCCUUCCCCACAGCAAGUGAGUGCCCAGAGAGAGAGGCCUGCAGGUGGGCAGGCAGAGCCGCACCCCUCUGCCCGGGGCUGGGCUGGGUCUCUGGGUGGGCCUGGGUGUCCUGUCGAGCCGCCUGGCACCCACUCACAGCGGGAGCUGCCAGGGACAAACCGAUCCUGUUCAUUCUGACAUCCUUUGUCCCCACAGCUCUGCUGCCCUCCCCUUGCCUGUGUUCAGCCAGCUGGUCACCUGAAAUCCUCCCCACACAGCCUCGGUGACCAGGGACCUUGCGGAGCUCGGUUCCACGGCUCUGGCCCCAUCCUCCCCUGCUCCCAGGUGGAGGUGCACCCGUCUCAAAGCAGAGGCCGGCACAACCUGGAGUGCCUCGUCUGAGCCUGCCCAGGCUGCGGGCAGAGGGACUGGCCGGGGACUCGGAGCACGGUGGUGGGAGACCCGGGGCCUGCCUGCUCCUUCCUCCCACGGAGCGGUUCCACCCGACCGCGGCCCUGGGAGGAAAUCCCCUGCGGCCGCGCCUCCAGCGCUGUGGCCUUCCGUGGCCAGGAUCACUCUCCUGGCCGGGCAGGGGCUCGGUUGGGCGCUUCCUUCAGGCCGGCUGUGAGGGGAGAGCUGCUGUGCCUGCCCUCCCCCCAGGUCUGGUGCUGAGGAUACAGCUCUUCUCAGUGUCUGAACAAUCUCCAAAACUGAAAUGUAUAUUUUUGCUAGGAGCCAGAGCUUCCUGUGUUUUUAAUAUAAAUAGUGUACACAGACUGACGAGACUUUAAAUAAAUGGGAAUUAAGUAUUUAAGAGUUGA